AUGCUUGAUCCUGAUCUUCCAAAAGCUAAUUCUUUUCUUGAAGUUAAAGUUUCAGCAAUGACCAAUGAAGAUAUUGUUGAUGGCUAUAUAUUCUUGCUUGCAAUUGGCAAUAAAACUGCUCUAUCAUUCUUAGAUGGAAUAGACAUUUGCACUACAGUUAAGUGUCCAACUAAAGUGUUUAAUCUUGACAUAGCAUUUAUUUUAAAAAAUUUGCCAUCAUCAUAUCUUAUUGAGGUUGAAAUUGGAGAUAAAAAUAAUGCUUUAGCUUGUGGAUUUGCUCAA